AUGGCGCCAUAUGAAGCACUGUAUGGUAGGAGAUGUAAGACACCCCUAUGUUGGUACCAAGAAGGAGAAACAGUGAUGUUAGGACCAGAAUUAAUUCAACAAACCACAGAAAAGGUGAAACUGAUACAGGAAAGGAUGAAGGCAUCACAGAGCAGACAGAAGUCUUAUGCAGAUCAUAGGCGAAGGCCUCUUGAGUUUGAAGUGGGAAGUCACGUGUUUCUGCGAGUUUCUCAGAUGACUGGAAUAGGGAGAGCUAUCAGAUCCAAGAAGUUGUCUCCGAAGAUUCUUGGUCCAUUCCAAGUUAUCAAGAGAAUUGGACCGGUAGCAUAUGAGAUUGCUCUACCUCCUCAACUGGCAAACUUGCACAAUGUAUUUCACGUCUCUCAAUUGAGGAAAUAUGUGUCAAGUCCUGAUCAUGUACUCGAGGUGGAUGAUGUUCAAGUCAGAGAGGAUUUGUCAUUAGAUGCAAAACCAGUACGAAUUCUUGAUGUUCAGGCGAAGCAACUAAGAGGAAAGGAUAUUCGUACAGUCAAAGUAUUGUGGAAUGAGAAGACCCAAGAGAUGACAUGGGAAUUGGAAGAAGAAAUGAAGACCUUCUAUCCUCAUCUGUUUGAUUAG